GUGUCUUAGACACCCGGGAGAGCGACACAGGAGCAAGUGGCUAUGGAGUGGACACAGAUGAAUUUAGAGAUUCAAAGAAAAGAAUUGGUAAAUUGUCCACUGCCGAUGGUAAAGCCUUCGCAGAUCCCGAGGUUCUCCGGAGACUGACGUCCUCUGUCAGCUGUGCGCUGGAUGAAGCUGCUGCUGCAUUGACGCGGAUGAGAGCAGAGAACAAUCACAAUGCAGGCCAAGUGGACAAUCGCAGUUUGGCAGAAGCAUGCUCAGAUGGGGAUGUAAAUGCUGUCCGGAAGCUGUUGGAUGAAGGAAGAAGUGUAAAUGAACAUACUGAAGAAGGGGAGAGUCUCCUUUGCUUGGCUUGUUUAGCAGGGUAUUAUGAAUUGGCACAAGUGCUUCUAGCAAUGCAUGCAAACGUUGAAGAUCGAGGGAAUAAAGGAGACAUAACUCCCUUAAUGGCAGCUGCCAGUGGAGGCUAUGUAGAUAUUGUUAAACUUCUCCUUGUUCAUUGUGCAGAUGUCAACGCACAGUCUUCAACAGGGAACACGGCUCUCACUUACGCUUGUGCUGGGGGCUUUGUUGACAUAGUGAAGGUGCUAUUGAAAGCUGGUGCUAACAUAGAAGACCACAACGAGAAUGGACAUACCCCCUUAAUGGAAGCAGCCAGUGCAGGUCAUGUUGAGGUGGCAAGAGUAUUGCUGGAAUAUGGUGCAGGAAUCAACACUCACUCCAACGAGUUCAAAGAAAGUGCACUUACACUUGCGUGCUAUAAAGGCCAUUUAGAUAUGGUUCGUUUCUUGCUUGAAGCUGGGGCUGAUCAGGAGCACAAAACAGACGAGAUGCACACAGCGCUAAUGGAAGCCUGCAUGGAUGGACACGUGGAAGUGGCACGCUUGCUUUUAGACAGUGGUGCUCAAGUGAAUAUGCCUGCGGAUUCAUUUGAAUCUCCACUCACUCUGGCUGCUUGUGGUGGACACGUGGAGUUAGCAGCUCUUCUGAUUGAAAGGGGAGCUAACCUGGAGGAGGUUAAUGAUGAAGGUUAUACUCCUCUAAUGGAAGCUGCCCGAGAAGGCCAUGAAGAGAUGGUAGCCCUGCUACUGGCACAAGGGGCAAAUAUAAAUGCACAGACAGAAGAAACACAGGAAACAGCUCUUACUCUGGCAUGUUGUGGAGGGUUUUCUGAAGUAGCUGACUUCCUUAUUAAGGCAGGAGCUGAUAUAGAACUUGGUUGCUCAACGCCUUUGAUGGAAGCUGCUCAAGAGGGUCAUCUGGAAUUGGUGAAAUACUUACUGGCAGCAGGAGCUAAUGUUCAUGCCACCACAGCGACAGGAGAUACAGCUUUGACCUAUGCCUGUGAGAAUGGACAUACUGAUGUUGCAGAUGUGUUGCUUCAAGCUGGUGCUGAUUUGGAGCAUGAAUCUGAAGGUGGGAGAACCCCACUAAUGAAGGCUGCGCGAGCUGGUCAUUUAUGCACUGUUCAAUUUCUUAUUAGCAAAGGUGCCAACGUUAACAGGGCUACAGCUAAUAAUGACCACACAGUGGUGUCACUGGCCUGUGCUGGAGGCCACCUGGCAGUUGUUGAGCUCCUUCUGGCUCAUGGUGCCGAUCCGACACAUCGGCUCAAGGAUGGCUCGACAAUGCUCAUUGAAGCUGCCAAAGGAGGACAUACAAAUGUUGUUUCUUACUUGCUCGAUUACCCAAACAAUGUUUUGUCGGUUCCUGCAACAGACUUGUCUCAGCUCACACCUCCAUCUCAGGAUCAGUCUCAGGUUCCACGUGUGCCGGUGCAUACACUUGCUAUGGUUGUACCUCCCCAGGAACCCGACAGAACCCCUCAAGAGAACUCGCCACCUCUCUUGGGAGUGGUGAAAGGUGCAUCCAAGCAGAAGUCAAGUUCCCUGCAGGUAGCAGAUAAGGACCUACUGCCACCUUUUCACCCAUACCAGCCUUUGGAAUGCAUAGUAGAAGAGACUGAAGGCAAGCUGAAUGAACUUGGACAGAGAAUUAGUGCUAUUGAAAAAGCACAACUUAAAUCAUUGGAAUUAAUUCAAGGUGAACCAUUAAAUAAAGAUAAGAUUGAAGAACUUAAAAAGAACAGAGAAGAACAAGUACAGAAGAAGAAGAAAAUAUUGAAGGAGCUGCAGAAGGUGGAAAGGCAGUUGCAGAUGAAAACCCAACAGCAGUUUACCAAAGAAUAUUUGGAGACCAAAGGUCAGACAGACACACCACUUCCCCUGCAGCAUCAGUGCCCACUUACAGGGGUCUUCCCAGAAGUGGAAGCCGAUAAGGGUCUGCCAGAGGAUAACUUUUCAGGGUUACCUCAGGUUGAUACAAUCUUGUCUAAAGAUGAUGAGCGACAAGAGUCUCCACCACCUGCAGAGUUUGUCCCUAUCCAGCCUUUGCCAGCACCACAAUGUAAUUUUUCUGGUAAUUUAGGUUAUAAUGGGACAGAGUCUCUUGAACUUCAGAAAGCAUUAGGGAAUCAGCAGAAUGUAGGACAGCAGCAGCAAAUUGCUGGGCAGGGGCUCUUAGUUCAAGAACCAGACGGAUUAAUGGUUGCCACUCCAGCACAGACGCUUACCGACACUCUUGAUGACCUAAUAGCAGCUGUGAACAGCAGAGUGCCCAGUGGCUCCACCAGCUCCUCGCACACUACUGAAUCCCCUACGCCGGAGCCUUGUUCGCAGGCGUUGAGCAAUGUGCCCUCGCAGUCGGUGCUCCCCAUGUAUCCUUCAGUUGACAUCGAUGCGCAUACUGAAAGUAAUCAUGACACUGCUCUGACCCUCGCAUGUGCGGGAGGUCACGAAGAACUUGUAUCUGUACUGAUAGCACGUGGUGCCAAUAUUGAACAUAGAGACAAGAAGGGUUUUACGCCUUUGAUUCUAGCGGCAACUGCUGGACACGUUGGCGUAGUGGAAAUUCUUCUAGACAAAGGUGGGGAUAUUGAAGCACAGUCUGAGCGCACAAAGGAUACUCCGCUUUCAUUGGCGUGCUCCGGCGGGCGCCAAGAGGUUGUUGAUUUGUUGUUGGCCCGGGGAGCAAAUAAAGAACAUAGGAAUGUGUCCGAUUAUACGCCGUUAAGCCUUGCUGCCUCUGGUGGCUACGUUAAUAUCAUCAAGAUUCUUCUCAAUGCUGGGGCAGAAAUUAAUUCAAGGACCGGGAGUAAGCUUGGUAUUUCUCCUCUGAUGCUGGCUGCUAUGAAUGGCCAUGUACCUGCUGUGAAACUCUUGCUUGAUAUGGGUUCUGAUAUUAAUGCCCAAAUCGAGACCAACCGGAAUACAGCCCUUACCCUGGCCUGUUUCCAGGGCCGAGCAGAGGUGGUCAGUCUGCUUUUGGACAGGAAGGCCAAUGUGGAGCACAGGGCAAAGACUGGUCUCACACCUCUGAUGGAAGCGGCUUCAGGAGGAUACGCAGAGGUUGGAAGGGUUCUCCUUGAUAAAGGGGCAGAUGUUAAUGCUCCACCUGUGCCUUCCUCAAGAGAUACAGCUUUAACAAUUGCAGCAGAUAAGGGUCACUACAAGUUCUGUGAGCUCCUGAUUAAUCGAGGAGCACAUAUCGAUGUUCGUAACAAGAAAGGAAACACGCCUCUGUGGUUGGCAGCUAAUGGUGGCCACUAUGAUGUGGUUCAGCUGCUUGUGCAAGCAGGAGCAGACGUGGAUGCUGCGGAUAAUCGGAAAAUUACACCUCUUAUGUCAGCGUUUCGCAAGGGACAUGUGAAAGUAGUUCAGUUCCUGGUGAAAGAAGUUAACCAGUUUCCUUCGGACAUUGAAUGCAUGCGAUACAUAGCAACGAUAACUGACAAGGACCUGUUGAAAAAAUGUCACCAGUGCGUGGAGACGAUUGUGAAAGCUAAAGACCAGCAGGCUGCAGAAGCAAAUAAGAAUGCAACUAUAUUGCUGAAGGAGCUAGACCUGGAAAAAUCAAGAGAGGAGAGCAGAAAACAAGCUCUUGCAGCCAAAAGGGAGAAAAGAAAGGAAAAGAGAAAAAAGAAGAAAGAGGAACAAAAACGAAAACAAGAAGAAGAUGAAGAAAACAAGCCUAAAGAAACUCUGGAACUGCAAGAAGAUGAUGAUGAAGAAGAAAAUGAUGAUGAAGUGGAGCAAGAAGUUCCUAUAGAGCCUCCUAGUGCAACUACUACAACUACAAUUGGAAUCUCUGCGACUUCAACUACUUUCACAAAUGCCUUUGGGAAGAAGAGAGCUAAUGUGGUGACCACCCCUAGCACAAACAGAAAAAAUAAGAAAAAUAAAACAAAAGAGACUCCUCAGAACAUGCAGAUAAUUUUGCCAGAUCAGCAUAUAUCUCUAGCACAGCAAAAAGCAGAUAAAAAUAAAAUAAAUGGAGAGCCAAGAGGUGGUGGUGCAAGUGGGAAUAGUGAUUCGGAUAACUUGGAUAGCACAGAUUGCAAUAGUGAAAGUAGCAGUGGAGGUAAAAGCCAAGAGCUGAACUUCACCAUGGAUACAAACUCCUCUGAGCGGCGCUAUGCCUCCUUGCUUAUCCCCUCGCAGGAAGAAAAAACGAGCACCUCUGCUUCAAAAACACCAACGAGACUUGAUGGUGAAGGUCAUUCAAAUUCUUUGUCAACUACUUACAAGCCUGUUUCCCUGCCUCUGACCUCUCCAAAUGUAAAACUGAAUCUGACUAGUCCUAAAAGAGGCCAGAAAAGAGAAGAAGGCUGGAAAGAAGUGGUUAGAAGGUCAAAGAAAUUAUCUGUCCCAGCUUCUGUCGUAUCUAGAAUAAUGGGAAGAGGUGGGUGCAACAUCACAGCAAUUCAAGAUGUCACUGGUGCCCAUAUUGACGUUGAUAAGCAAAAAGAUAAGAAUGGAGAAAGAAUGAUCACUAUAAGGGGUGGAACGGAGUCAACGCGAUACGCAGUGCAACUCAUCAAUGCCCUUAUUCAAGAUCCUGCCAAGGAACUGGAAGACUUGAUUCCUAAAACUCAUAUAAGAACACCCGCUUCGAGCAACAAGUCAAUCCAUGCAAACUUUUCAUCUGGAGUUAGCACUGCGACCGCUUCAAACAAGAACUCCUUCCCUCUCGGAGCACCGCCCCUAGUCACAUCACAGUCAUCAACACUAUCUACUUUCCAGCCUACUAACAAAUUGAACAAGAAUGUGUCCGCAAAUGUGCGCUCAUCUUUUCCAGUGUCUCUUCCUCUAGCUUAUUCUCACCCUCAUUUUGCCUUGCUGGCUGCCCAAACUAUGCAACAGAUCCGGCACCCUCGCUUACCUAUGGCCCAAUUUGGAGGGACUUUUUCACCUUCACCGAACACUUGGGGACCAUUCCCAGUGAGACCAGUUAACCCUGGCAGCACAAACAGCUCUCCAAAGCAUAACAGUUCAAGUCGUGUAGGUAGUCAGAACGGAAAUAUUUUACAGACAGAGUCUCCUGGAUUAGCUACAUCUAGUUGUCCUAUUACUGUCUCUUCUGUAGCUGCUUCCACCCAGCCGCUGUGUGUAACCAGUAAUCGAACUCCCUCUUCGGUCAGAAAGCAGUUGUUCACCUGCGUUCCCAAGACGAGUGCUGCAGCGACAGCCAUCUCAACUGUGACGAGCACCUGUAGCACCCUGCCUUCAGCUUCCUCUGCCCCCACAAACAACGGGCAAGUGCCCACAGCGUUUCUGCCAUCUAAUGCUCCACAAACGCAGCAUCCUGCACUUAAAGCGGACUCUUUCUCGGCUGUCUCACCACCCAAAGAGAAGGUGUCAGCACCAGACCAGCCUGUUGCAAAUGCGUGUGCACCGUCUUCAGUUGCAAGCAGUUGCAGUAUGUCAGCUAGCAGCAACUCCGGAGUCACUGAGACUCGCCCGUCAAGCAGCCCUGCACCGCUAAAUAAUGUCCAAGAUGAAGCACUGCCGACCAGCAUGUCAGAGAUCAAUCCUCCUAUGUCGAUGCCUUUUUCUUCCAGCUCAGAAACUGCUCCUUUAAGCUUAGCAUCACCCAGGUCAGCUGUUGCAGAUAAUCAGGACAACAGUAACUUACCUCAAGUAGCUGUACCAGCACCUCGAGUUACUCACAGGAUGCAGUCCAGAGGUUCUUUCUAUUCAGUGGUACCAAAUGCAAACCUCCAUCAAGAUCCUCAAUCUAUUUUUGUUACAAAUCAAGUUCCUUUAACACCUUCUCAAGGUCCACCUGCUGCAGUGCAGCUCUCAUCAGCCAUGAACGUUAUGAACGGUUCUCAGAUGCACAUUAACCCAGCAAACAAAUCAUUGCCUCCUACCUUUGGGCCAGCAACGCUCUUCAGUCACUUUAGUAGUCUUUUUGAUAGCAACCAGGUGCCAGCUAACCAAGGAUGGGGAGACUGUCCACUCUCUACCCGAGCAGCAGCUGACCCAUCUUUCACUGUUCAGUCCACCUUUCUGAAUAACUCUGUGCUAGGACACGUGGAAAACGUGCAUCCUGACAACUCCAAGGCUCCUGGUUUCAGGCCACCUUCCCAACGGGUUUCGACUAGUCCUGUAGGCUUACCCUCUCUAGAUCCAUCCAACAGCUCUACAACUUCUUCUUCAGGUCCUUUGACAGGCUUUUCAGCAAACAUACAAGGAGCACGGGUUUACCUUCAAGGGCCAGCGCCUGUUGGGACUCCCAGCUUUAACAGACAGCAUUUUUCACCACAUCCUUGGACAAGCGCAACAAAUUCAUCAGGUGAAUCUCCUAUUCCAUCAGUUUCCUCAGGAUCAUCUUCACCCCUUUCAGCUGCUUCUGUACCUUCUAACUUGGGCCAGCCAAAAACGGGUAACACCAAUCAAGAUCGAAAGGUGCCCCCUCCUAUUGGGACAGAAAGGCUUGCUCGGAUUCGACAGGGAGGAUCUGUCACUCCUACGCCCUUAGGAACCAACUUCACAGCUCCUGUUGGUCAUAGCGGUAUUUGGUCCUUCGGAGUUAACAGCGUAUCUGAAGGCUUGUCAGGUUGGUCUCAGCCUGUCAUGGGAAAUCAUCCAAUGCAUCAGCAGCUGUCGGACCCAGGCACGUUUUCUCAGCAUCAGCCCAUGGAGAGAGAUGAUUCUGGAAUAGUGGCUCCCUCGAAUAUUUUCCACCAACCUAUGCCAAAUAGUUUUGUGGAUUUUUCUAAAGGCCUGCCCAUUUCUAUGUACGGCGGCACUCUCAUAUCCUCGCACCCUCAGCUAGCGGAUGGCCCGGGAGGCCCCCUCUUUAACGGGCUCCAUACUCCAGACCCUGCCUGGAAUCCCAUGAUCAAAGUUGUCCAGAACUCAACAGAAUGUACUGAUGCUCAGCAGAUUUGGCCUGGCACCUGGGCACCUCACAUUGGAAACAUGCAUCUCAAGUACGUCAACUGAUUUAAGGGGGUCUGUCAUUUUUUAGCCUUGUUUGGGAAUCUUUAUGAUCUUGAAGAACUCUGGGGAUUUUCUGUAAUGUGCCUAAGCAAUUUUAUGUGGGCUGUAACAAUGGAAACUUGAUAGCCCGUUGUAUGAGAACAAAUUGAUUUACCUAUACAAACUGAUUCUGUUCUGCACUUAGUUUAGCCAUUUUGAACUUAAAAAUCAGAUUAAACUAGUGCUUUUGGCUAAACACUCCUGAAUGCUCCUUGUAUGCAGCUGAGGACUAGCUGAUUACCUGAUUUCAACCUUUUAGGGUGGUAAAUACAUGUCUAAUUGUUUACAUACUUAAAAGGAAAAGCCGAGUAAAUUUCCUAGUGGC